AAAGCCUCUUUUGCCACCACCCAUCACAUGCAUCCUCCUCUCUAUUUGUCUUUCUCCCUCUUCCAUCUCACAUAUUCAUUCCUUUACACAGUCAUAUACAUGUACUCAUCUUUUUUUAUGCAUGUGUAUAUAUAUUUAUUGAGUCUUGGUCAAAUUUUCAUAGAUUGAUGAACUGAUUCAGAGAGAAGGAGAGAGAUAAAGGAAAAACUUAGAGAGUGGUUUUUGUGAUUUGAUAUUCUUUUCAGCUGUUAAUUAAGAUUGAGAACAGAAUGAAAAUUUCUAAAUCUCUCCGGAAGGUUUUAAUUUCUAUACUCUUCUAUCUUUCUUCUGAUUCACCAUUUGUCAUCUGUUCAUCUCUUGAUGUCACCAUUGAUGACCAUUCACCAAGUAAUCUAAAGAAUAAAGGAUCCCUACAUGACAAGAUGAGUCAUCAAAUGAUAAAUAGCAUAAAGCUUCAUGGCAUUCUCUUAUGGGUUUCAAUGGGAUUUCUUAUGCCAAUGGGGAUUCUCUUCGUUAGAAUGGCCAAUAAAGCUAGUGAAAAUGGAAGAAAGCUUAAAGUGUUCUUCUAUCUUCAUGUCAUUUUCCAGAUAAUGGCAGUGGUUUUAGCAACAAUAGGAGCUAUAAUGUCCUUGAGAACAUUGGAGAACUCUUUCGACAACAACCAUCAAAGACUUGGCUUGGCUCUUUAUGCUGCCAUGUGGCUCCAAUUCCUGACUGGUGUAUUCAAGCCCUCUAGAGGGAGCAAAAAGAGGUUGAAAUGGUUCUUAUUACAUUGGAUUCUUGGAACAACAGUGUCACUAGCUGGCAUAAUAAACAUAUACACCGGCAUAAGAGCUUAUCAAACGAAGACAUCAUCAAGUAGAGACUCGAGCCUUUGGACAAUCUUGUUCUCAGCUCAAAUCUUUUGUCUUGUCUUCUUCUAUCUAUUUCAAGACAAAUGGGAACAUUUUCAAAAGCAAAGAGUUGCUCUUGAUGAAUUGGAUCAUCAUAAUAAUAACACAAAUGCAAGUAAUGACCAAAUCAUCCAAGUGGUAACAAGAAAUGACCAUCAAGAACCAAAGGUUAUGGCUCCUCAGCCUUGUCGCAAAAGUAAUGCACUUGUGAAUCUGUUUAAAUUGAUUUGACUGGUGUGAAAGGUCAAUUAUAUAAGGAUUUUGUUCUAUUUUUUUUUUUGGAAGUGAUCUAAAUAUUCUUCUUUUUUGGUUUUUUUUUUUUGGU